AUGAGCCGCAGGAAGAAAGUAGAGUUAACCGAAGAGGAGAAAUUCGAGCUGGCCAAGCAGGCCGAGCAAGAACUAGCCAGAAUGUGCAGGAACUACACCCUCCUGGAGAGGAACCGCAACCAAAAGGGCGACAAGGGCGGCACACUGCUCAAGCAGAAACGCGUGCUGGACAUCUUCAGGGACGAGCAGCUCGAGCUGCUCACCGAUCUCCGCGUCGCCACCGCCGGCGCCAGGGUCUUCGAGGACGACAAGAACUGCGACAAGAUCAAGGACCUGCUGGACGAGUGCGACGAAUUCGACGAGGAGAUCAAGCACCAGGAGUUCCACCUGGAGGAGAUCGAGGGCCAGAUGACGCUCAACAAGAAGAAAUUGGUCGAUCUGAGCGCCAAGCAAGUCACCGACGAAAAGUACUACCAGAGGGUGGUGCAAGGGGACAAGACCGUGCACAAGCUGGAGAACCAGCUCGAGGUGCAGGUGAAGAAGUUCUGCCACAUAUCGGCGGAUAACAUCGACUUGCGCGAGGAGAUCCGCUAUCUGCUGCACGAAAGGAAGGAAUUCAACAAGUUGUGGGACAAACUCAUCGAGAACCUCUGCAGCGGCAGGAAGUUCAUGUUCGAGCUCAUCGAGCAGGCGACCAUUGCGUACGAUCAACGAGAAGAUUGGGUCAACCAGCUACAGCUGUUGAGGCAAAAAGCCCAUCACGAUCUCAUCAACCACAUAAACGAGAUAAAAACGAUGCAGAAGAAGAUCGACGACGACGUCAAGCUGCAGGAGUUCUUCUCCGUCAAGAACCAGAAGCGGCUGAUGCGCGACUUGGAGGAGAAGGAGAAGAAGAAGCGGCGCAUCAACAGGGAGAACAUGGAGAAGCGGCUGGAGCGGUACCUGCAAAUCCUGCUCGCUGUGAAAGAAUUCGCGAACGAAGAUCGAGUGCAAAUAAUCGCCAACAAUUUCAUCGCCCAGGAGGAGGAGAACUUCGCCAUGUUCAAGUGCAUCAACAGCCUGAACGGGGAUAUGGAGUCCAUUACGGACCGUUUGGCCAAUUUGCAAAUGCAGAUUGAUGCUCAGCAGGAAUUGAACGAGGUCAGGCGCAAGCAGCAAGGCGUCAAGUUGGAGAACCUUCAGGCCGAAUACAAGAGAGUGAAGGAAAUUGCGGAGAAUAAAAAAGAAGAACUGAGAGUUGUUAACGAUACUUUGAAGGAUAUUCUAUCAAGUAUAAAUGCUCUGUUCAAAAUGUUUGGUUGCAAGAGCGAUCCUAUAGUGAGAUUAUUAGGCCACAACCAGUCGAUCAACAAUUACAACGCGCUGUUGUACUUGGAGAUAUUGGAAAGGAAUAUUGUUGAAGCGAUGGUUGGAAACUUCUACAAAGAAAGAAUAAUUGAAGAAAAAACCUCCAGAGAUGUACUAACAAUGGUAGAGGAGACGAAUCCUCCAUUAGUUGAGCCUAUUAGCAGAAUUGUAACAUCUACUCCAUGUGCUUUAUGUCUCGAACACGAUCAGGUCUUGGAUGUAAUUGACAUAUUGCAAUUUGCCAUGACCAAGGAGGAGGCCCAAGCCAAAGUGAGAGAACGUAUAAACGAUGCGGAAUCCUGUCUACACAACGUGUCUGCGUGCCAUUUGCCCAAGUCCAGACAAAUUGUACAAAAAAGAUAUCAAUAA